AAGCACAAACAGUGGAUACAGAAAACUUGUUAGGGCCUUUAAAGUACUGUUAAGGUAAAAGUGCUGUGGAGGACUAUUAAGCUCUUAACAAAUUCCUGUUAGUAGAGAAGAUGGUGGAGCAACAACAACAACUUCAAAGACGACAGUGAGUGUAUCGACAGCGACAGGACGUAUUCAACAAGUACAAUGACGACGAACUCAUCAAACGCUUCAGGAUGAACCAUGCUGGUAUAAUAACAGUGGCUGAUUUAGUGAGGGACAAACUUCAAUCCCGUACAGAAUGGAAUCAACCACUGAGUCCUGAGACGAAGGUGGCAAUUACCCUAGGAAAUUUGGCCACGGGUAAAAUGCAGCAGUGCAGCAGUGACGACUUUGGGACCUCACAAGCAACAAUCAGCCAUGUCAUUACUCAGACAAUUGAUGCACUGUCAGAACCAGACAUUGUAACUCAAUUUGUAAAAUUCCCAUUGACUCGCCAAGAAGUGCAAGUGAAACAAGUAGAGUUCAUGGAAGACUAUAGGUUUCCCGGUGUUGUGGGUACCAUAGAUGGCACACGCCUUAGAAUUGUGGCUCCCAGUGUCGAUGAACAUUUAUAUGUAAAUAGAAAACGAUACCACAGCAUCAACGUGCAAAUCGUAUUCGAUGCCAAGUACAUGAUACUUGAUGUUUUGGCAUGGUGGCCUGGCUCAGUACAUGAUGCCAGGAUAUUGGACGAGUCUGGCUUGAAGGCACUUUUUGAACAAAAUUAUGUCCCAGCUGGAUGCUACCUUCUAGGAGACAGUGGUUAUCCUUGCAAGGAGUGGUUGCUGACGCCUUAUCUAAACCCUCUGGCUGGUGUUCAGACAAACUAUAACACAGCACACAAGAGGACACAUUGUGUAGUAGAGAGGGAGAUUGGCCAGCUCAAGUGACGGUUCCAUGUACUUCAUGGUGAAGUACGAUUGUCCCCAGAGAAGACAUGCAAAAUUGUCUAUGUCUGUGCUCUGCUCCAC